GCAAAAUUAUCUUUUAUGGCCUUCCACUUCUUGACUAAAUCAUUACCUGCAACAAAAAACUUCACAAGUGAAAAAUAGUAAUAAAGACUAAAAUUCCCUAGAUUCCAUUUAUACUACAUAUAAAAUUUGAUAUAACUUUCAUAAGUACUUUCGGUCCAUCCAAUUUCAUAUAAAUGGCUGGCCGCCGAAAAAGAAUAAUUUUCUGCUUUUUCUUGACUUUGGCAAGUUAAAAACUGAUUGACUUUGCCUAGAACAACCAUAAUGUAAAAUAUUUAUUGAGUACUUCUUUGAAAAACUACCUGUCUAUCUUUGAAAAUCUAUUCCUUUAGCAACACUAUUACCUGCGCGGUUUGAGUUUGAUUAUACCUACAUUUGUAUUAUUUUAUUAUUUGCCUACUAAUUAUUAUUUCAUUUUAGAUUUCUAGCAACCGGCAGUGACUUUAAAACCAUGCAUACGAAUUACUUCCGAGGAGCAAGUACAAUAGCAAAAAUUGUAAGGACAGUUUGUCGCGCCAUAUGGAAACAUCUAUCAAGUCAAAAUAUACCUCCUAUAACAAAACAGGUUCUAGAAGAUGUCGCUAUUGAGUUUGACAAGAAAGCAAAUUUUCCUAACUGCAUAGGAGCUCUUGAUGGUAAACAUGUCCGUAUUACAUGUCCUGCGCACAGUGGAUCACUGUUUUACAAUUAUAAGGGCUAUAAUUCAAUAGUUUUAUUAGCUCUUGUAGAUUCUAGAUAUAGAUUCAUUUUUGUCGAUAUAGGAGCGUAUGGCAAGGAAAGUGACUCCACCGUUUUCCAGAACUCUAAACUUUAUGAUUUGAUUAUGACACGCAAAUUACCUAUUCCUGUACCAAAGCCUUUACCAGGUUCUCAAAAUGAAACUCCAUUUGUUUUUGUAGGAGAUGAAGCAUUCUCAAUUUCGAAUAACGUCAUGCGCCCUUACUCAGGAAAACAUUUGUCGGUACAACAAAGAGUUUACAAUUAUCGACUGAGUCGUGCCCGAAGAUAUGUCGAGUGCGCUUUUGGCAUCCUAGCCAAUAAAUGGCGCAUAUUUCAUCGAUCUAUGAAUGUGCAAUACGAAUUUGCGACAGACAUUAUCAAGGCAUGUUGUGUAAUGCACAACUUUGUUUUGAAUCGAGAUGGAGUACAAGCGACCGAUGACAUUAUCUUUGAUGAUUCUGAUCUGCAAAUGUUGCAUUUGCCCACAGCAAAUGAAAAUAAUUUAAGCCCACAUCUAAUACGGAAUGAUUUUUGUAAUUACUUUUCCAGUGAUGUUGGCGCCCUAAGUUGGCAAUUAAACAAAAUAUUAAUGUUCGUAUCUACUCAGUUCAAAAUACAAAUAAUACCUUAAUACAUUUGAUUCAAACUAUUUAACAUGUUGUGAACUGCGAAUAAACAAUUUAAAUGGCAAUUUGGUUUUAUUUAUAGUAUUUGUUUACCUUUUUGAAUAAGAGCACGAGAAAAAAAUAUAAUUUUAACUUAGAGAAAAUCUUUUGCAUAGGGCAUUAAAAUAAAUGGUGUAUUUCAUAUGAUUAAAAAAAAAAGAUACACGCUACUUACAUUAAACUACAAUUUAAACCGCGGAUCAGAUUUUUACGUUUUUACUACAGUAAAAAUUGUAGUUUUAUUGUGAAUAGUGAUCGCGUAAACCUAAGACUAUAUGUUACUACUUACCCAGUUUUGAUUUUUCGGUUGAGUUUUUUUCCUUGUAAUCAACAUAAACGAUCUCACAAAUGCUUCUUGUUUUAUAAAUUUGUCUUUAUAGGUUUCGUCACUAGUAUCCCACAAACAACGGUGUUCCUGAACCGAAGAUAUAAACAGAUCGACGUCAACGUCAGACAUUUUAAUUUUAAAACUGCUUCUCGGUUGACACGUGUUGUUUGCAAGAGUGUUAGAAACAAACUGCAUCCUUGUCAACAAGUAUGACGUCAUAACGCUGGAAUUCACGUCGUGCGUUGCGGCGCCGCACCGCUAUAGCGCACUGCCGAUUUCAGCGGCGCGGCGCCGCAACGCGCUUAUGUGUUUCGGCCCAAAGACUCGCCGCCGCCGCCGCGGCGUCGUAUGUAAGAGCCAAACCACACGGGCGGCGCGGCGCCGCACCGCAAGCCAUUUCGCCGCGCUGGCGACCACACGGGCAGAGCGGCGUCGCAGCGGCGUCGCAACGAUCUACGGAGCCGCGGCGGCGCCGCAGCGGUAGCAUAAUGAGGGGUUGUCCAUCGCUACGUACGACAGUCUGUAAUAACAAUGGAUCGGGAAAGACGUGUGCUGCUGCUCUUAUUACUUCGCCACCGAAGAAAUCGACGUAGAAUCAUACGAAAACACUGGAUCAGUCCAUUUAUAGCCUUGAGGAAUAGUGACGGACUUUUUUUCUUUAAAGAAUAUCAAGAGUUGGUUUUAGACGAAAAGAGGUUUUACAAUUUUUUUCGAAUGAGCGUAUCCACUUUUCAAGGUUUAUUGCAAUCCUUAGAGCCCCAUAUACGGAAACAGUAUACUAAUAUGUGGAAUCCAAUGGAGCCAAUAGAAAUGUUGGGUAUCACUUUGAGGUAAGUACCGUAGAAUGCUACAACUUUGCCUGGAUUUUGAGGUUUUUUGUUCAUGUAAACAAACCUAUUUAUUAUUAUGGAUUACAAAAGGCUUCAUUCAGAACUCAGACCUUAUGCCUUGCAACCUAAGACUUAAAUUCUUUAAAAUCGUACAGGAAAAUGGAUUUAUAUGUGUUCAAAGUCGUAGGCAAAGUUGUAGCUGAAAGAUACAACAUUGCCUAGAAGGAUAUAUAAAUGAAUAAACAGUCAAUUUGAUAGUUUUUUUUUCUGGGAUGGGUGGUAAGUACAUUAUAUUUAAUCCCAACUAACUUAUUUUUGCCAUUCGUGUGAUAUAUUUUUUUUCACAGAUCUUAGGCAAUGUUGUAGCAGGUUUCGAGAAAUCUCCUUACAAAAAUGUGUCGUUAGGAUUAGGGUUGUGCCAAAUAAAUACAGUUAUUAAU